AGUAUUUUGAUACCUGAAGAACCUGCAGCCGUGUCAACUUUGGAGGAAAAAGUUGCAAAUUUUGUUCAGAAUGGAGAUUUGGAUGCCAUCGAGUAUGAUGUUUACGAGAUAUUAAAUGGAAGUGGUGAGAAAGAAAGCAAGGAAGUUGUCGGAACUAAUAAUGAAGUAGCUACUUGAUCUAUGAAUAGAAUUGAAGAACGCUCAGGACAUGCCUAUGAUGCUCCCAUCACAUCGAAUGGAAGUGCAACAGUUGCCAAGCAGGUUGCUCCUCCAGUAGCAAUGGAUUACAUACCUUGGAGGGAAGCUCAAACACUAAAAGACAGGGAGGGUUUGGAUUCUGAAGUUGUUUCCAGUUCUAAUUUGGUUGAAAUUCAGUGUUUAUUUUCACACAUAUAUCUUAUUGUAUGCUCCUCUUUGUUGCAGACGAUUGGAAGGGACGAUCUAAUUGAGAUUAACCAUCUCAAGUUUAUGCUGCACCAAAAGGAAUUAGAAUUGUCCCAUUUGAAGGAGCGGAUUGAAAAAGAAAAGAUGGCUUUGUCUUCCCUGAAAACCAAGGCUGAAAUGGAAAUCCAGAAAGCUCAAAAACUUGUCUCUGAGAAAGAUGCUGAAUUGCAAGCUGCUGAGGAAAGCCUAUCAGGCCUACAAGAGGUGCAACUAGAAUAUUCUGGAGAUGGUGAAAUUGUGGAGGUAUCUGGUAGCUUCAAUGGUUGGCAUCAUCGGAUUAAAAUGGAUCAUAAGCCAUCUUCUACCAUCGAAAACCCCAUCAAGUCAAGUAAAUUCAAAAUCUGGUCAACAGUGCUAUGGCUUUAUCCCGGGGUAUAUGAGAUAAAAUUCAUUGUCGAUGGUGAAUGGAAACUUGAUCCUGAGAGAGACAACAAGCAAUGGAAUAAUACGUAACAACGUUCUCCGAGUUGAUCGAUAAUAUUGGAUGGUUGGAAGAGAGAGAGACUAUGAAUUCUGCAUAACAUUAUGAUUGGUUUGGCAUCGGAUGAUUUCGGUUGGAAUGGAGAAGCUCAUUGCCUGCAUUGGGGAAGGCACCUUGUCCAAUGCAUGACCAUUAGAUUUGGGGUUGAAGUCAUCUGUGUGCCAUCACACAAAAUAAGGACUUCAAUCUUUUCCUUGUGAUAGUGCCAUGCCUUGCAUGCCGAAAUGCAUGAACUUUUGAUAGGUUAGCUAAUAUAGUUAGCAAAUGAUGUGAUAAGUUUCAUUGACUUACAGUGGAAGACAUUGAAGCAAUAGGUUUUUCUGUCUGGUAUUAGAAUUGUACAAAUGUCUUUUAGCAACUCUGUACAUUUCGUGUCACAGAAACAUCGAGAACUCGGGAUUCCAUAAGAGGCUACCUGGAAAUUUUAGGUUGGACAUUGUCCACCAAAAUUACUCAUUUUGCCAUAUGACUUCAAAGCUGUAAAGAUCCAGUGAGUUGGGAAUUUGAAGCAUAUGAACUUGCAGUUAUGGAGCUUC